AUGGUCGGGCACCAGGGGGCCUGCAAUGACAUGCUGUCCCUCAAGGACGACGUCAUCAGCAAAAUGCGGGAUGUCCUUGCUAAGAAGGAGGUGGAGCACGUGCGGAUUCUGAAAAAUCAUGCGGAGGAUGUGGACAAUGUGCUGGGGCGCAUGGCAAGCCACGCCCACUCUCUGCGGCAGCAUUGUGACUUGGAGAUGGAGCGCAUCGAUGCUGCUCUGGAUGAGGCAACUACCAUUGAGCGGAGAAGCCUGUUGGAGCAGUGCAAGGAAGCCAUAGAUGAGAUCGUUGGGAAAUUGGGUGACGAGGAGCAAAUCUACAUCGACACGUAUCUUGCUACAAGUGAAGAUCAUGAAGUGAAGCUGGAGAAGCUGCACUCAGAUGCAAACGAUGAGUACAAUGACCUCAGACGUCGGCUCAACAUGGAGCUGCAGAAAAUGGAGCUGCAGCUGGAGGAAAUGCACGCCACCUAUCAAUUGGGUGAGGACAAGCUAGUCAAUGACGAACAUAUGCUAAGGGAGAAGACAACCGAAAAUGUGCUUGCGCUGAAGCAACAGAAGCGCAAAAUUGCUCAGCUGAGAGACUCCCUGUCUGGGUUGAAGCAACGGUAUACGGAUGCUGAGAGCAAGAGCUUGCAAGAGAACCAGCGCUUGACGGCGGAGUAUCGGAGGUCUGCAGCAGCCUGCUUGAACCUGCAAGCAAAGAUCAGCAGAUUUCAGCAGUCAGACACCGCCAGACUCAGAGCGGUACAAUCCAUGAAGGAGAGGAACUUAGAUCAGAUGUUCCAGCAGGUCAAGGACAUGGACCAGUACAUCAAUUCUGAAGUGUUCAAUACACUUCAGGACUGCCAGACCUCAUGCGUUCUGACGGAGUUCAAUGGGGACCAUCAGCGCAAUGCUCUACCUGCCAAGGCAAGUUCGGCCCAGAUGUGCAUCAACUUGAAGGAAUGA